UUUCAAAUAAAUUUGAAGAAACCCGUGCAAAAUUGUGAACUGCACCGAAUGUGCGUUACACUGUUUUUUGGCGGCAUGUGCUCGUUUUUGCCCGAAUUGCUUGGGCCUGAGUUUUUCCCCAAAAUUUGACCAAGAUCACCCAGCAAAAAGCCAGAAUUUGUAACUUAGGCAUAGUCAACUUGUUACAAUCAUUGCAAUGAAUGCCCUUGGGAACGCUCAUUCUAUUAGUGGAUAAUUAAUUUACUGUGCACAUUUGUAAUCACGUUUGCAACUGUUUAUUCUGAUUUUGCAUAGGAAAUUUGACCUUGGGUACUUUGUACCCGAAGAAUGCAUCACGACUUAGAAACACAAAUCAUCAAGUGGAAUGACAUUUAAAUUCUAAUCUAAAGACCUGUAAAUAUAUCUUGUUUAUAAUCUAGCAUUAUGUUGGUCGUCAGAUAUGUAUUCCUUAAUAAAUUUGUCUUUGAGUCGUGGCUCUUAUGGUACUCAAAACAUCUUCAAGUUGCUUUAAAAGACGGAGUGUCACAGUCGAUCUUGAUGCAGGUGAAGAGCCAAGUAACACAUUUACAGACCGACAUCUAUGUGAAAGUCGGGAUAGAUUUUUGCUUAAUAGCAUCCUAAUAUUUGUUCUUCGAAAGGGGUAUACAGCAAUUUUAAAAGAAGUUAUUCAGCUUUACGGUCAAUUGUGUCUUAAACCACCACCUUUUUGUGUAUGGUGUUGUGCAACGGUGUUAUUUUCCAAAACUUUAAAUGAAAAUUUGAUUGAGACUGAUUCUAACAAUUGCAAUUUAUCUACUAAUUAUCAAGAUCAAUUAGAGACUUUAAUUACUGUGGGAAAUAAUUUAUUUUCUAAACUAAAUGAUUCAUCGCCGUAUAAACCAUACCUUAACACUUAUUUAAAGGAGGCUAGACGUGUUAUUAUGCAUCUAUACUUGGAAUCAUCUGCACCAACAAGUAAUUAUACUCUGUGUUUUUCCAAAUUAAAUCAACACUAUUCUCAAUCAGAUCUAACUGAUGAAGUACACAAUUUCCGAUUACGAUUUUUAACACUAUUCGUAUCUGAGAACAAAGUGAAUUGUUAUUUAAAUGAAAGAUGGUUUCCGGCUAGAUUUAACGUUUUUAAAAAACUACAACAAUUAGCAUUUGAUAUUGUUAAACAUUUACCUGAAGUAUUAUUAGAUAAAGUUGGAUCAAGUGAAUGGGUAUAUAAUGAUGCAAUACUAUUAGAAUUAAAUACACUUUUAGCUUUAAUUAUACGUCAACAAUUCAUUCGUAAAUCUACAUGUACAGAAGAAGAUUUAUUUGAAUUGAUUCAUACUUAUCAUUCUCAAUCAUGUCCAUCUCAGUUACUUUAA